AAUAGUAAUUUUUGGUCUUAUUAUCUUUGACAUUUUUAUGGAAUUUUGUCUGCUGAUUACUGUUUAGCUCUUAGUAUGCUUUACAAUUGUGUUUGUAUGUUUCCUUAUCAAAUCAACAGCAUUAUGAUUCGUAUGCAAAAGAUAAAAUAUUCAUACUAAAAUUGCAUUAAUCUCGAAACAUUGAAGGCUUUAGAUCCAAUAAAAAUGGUAAAACAUACAAAUAAUUGAAGUUAACUUCACGCUUUAGCUAAUCUUUUGCUAAACAAAUGUAUUACGACAUUGUUUACGAUGAUCAUAAUAAAUCAUGUACAUGUCGAUGCACAAUGAUAAACAAAGUUGUAAUGAUUCAAAUUCAACAAUCCGAAAGUGUAACAGUCAUCGUUUUGAACGGCAUUUAUAAAGACAGAGAUAGAGAGCGAUUGACUGCAAAUUCAGAGAAAAAGAGAGCAAAAGAGAAGAGCGUGCGCGUGUUUAAAAUGGUUAGUAUGUCUUGUGCGAUUCUGAAUGCAAAAAAAAUUGCAAAUAAUGCGCGUAGCACAUGACUUGUCUCUGAUAAUGCAGACUCGUGACUGAGAGCCGAUAAGGGCCGGAAAACAUUUUAAUCUAAGCGACCAGAUGUCCGCGUGAAACAACUUCUGUCUACAAAGCACAGUAGUUUGAACCGCCAAGAUGGCUAGUAUUCGAAACUAUCAGACCUUUCCGAGCUCGAGUACCACGGAAUUAACCCGCAGUGGAUCGUCUUCUGAUAAAAGUACCGUCUCUCUUGACGAUGCCGAGAAGGCUGGCCUAUUCGAUCAAAACUGCAAUGCAACUAUACAACCCAUUACCAAUGGUAUCCACAAAAAUCUUUCGACUGAAAACAAGCACAAAAAAGGCAGCCCCAAUCGACAAAUUUUGGCUGCUCUGGUUGCCCAGCUAGGGACCAUCAAUACUGGCUUGGUUUUUGGUUUUUCAGCCAUAGCUUUACCACAAAUGAAAAAUCUCAAUAGUACUUCCACAAUCCACGUCAAUCAGUACGAAGGAUCUUGGAUAGCUAGUAUGUCAGCUGUUGGUACCCCAAUUGGAUGUCUUUUUUCUGGUUACCUCAUGGAUAUACUUGGUCGAAAACUAUCUCUUAUAGUUACUCAAGUUCCAGCGCUAUUGGGUUGGCUUUUGAUAUUUUGUGCAUCAGAUGUGCGCAUGGUGUAUGCUGGAAGAUUCUUUACCGGCUUAGGCUCAGGAAUGGUUGGAGCACCAUCCAGAGUUUACACCAGUGAAGUUACACAGCCUCAUUUACGUGGUACAUUGACUGCUUUGGGUAGUGUUGGAGUGUCCACAGGAGUAUUUAUAGCUUACACUUUAGGGGCUAUACUCUCAUGGGAUGUGUGUGCUGGUAUCAUGGCCAUACUACCUGCAAUAGCCUUACUACUCAUGUUCUUAUUUCCUGAAACACCAUCUUACCUUAUGUCUGUAAACAAACCGGUGGAAGCCAGAGAAUCAUUGCAUAAAUUUAGAAGUAUUUCUUACGAUUUAAAUGAAGAAAUAGAUACAUUAGCUAAUUUCAAUAAUAAGAACAAUAUCAAAAGGCUCACUGGUUUCAAGGAAAUCUUUACUGCAUUGAUAAAACCUAAUGCACUGAAACCUUUUAUAUUAUUAAAUCUUUAUUUUGUCAUUUAUCAAUGGACAGGAACAAAUCCUAUGACAUUUAAUGCUGUUGAAAUUGUAGCAAUGUGUGGUAUUCAAUUGAAUGAAAGGUGGGUUGCGGUAUUAUUAGGAUUAAUACGUUUGGCAGUUACUAUAGCAUCAUGUAUAGCUUGCAAAAAGUAUGGCAGACGACCAAUGACUUUCAUUUCAUCUAUUGGAUGUGGAGUCACAAUGUUAGGUCUUGGGUCGUAUUUGAGCAUGAAAAACCAUUUGAUUGGCUAUGAAUGGAUUUCAUUGAUUUGUAUAAUUGGUUACACAAUUACUUGUACAAUGGGCUUUUUAGUAGUUCCCUGGAUAAUGAUAGGAGAAAUAUAUCCAGUACAAAUUCGUGGUGUAAUUGGUGGUUUAACAACUAUGAUUAAUCAUAUAGCUGUAUUUUCAACAGUUAAAACAUAUCCACUAUUACUAGAUUCUCUAAGUAACUAUGGAACAUUUUUCCUUUAUGGUGCUGUCUCAAUCAUAGGUACCGUUUACUUUUACAUUUACUUACCAGAGACCAAACAUAAAUCUCUCCAAGAAAUUGAAGAUUAUUUUUCAGGUCGAAAUGAUAGCUUGAAAACUGGUAGUUUACUGGCAAGAAAAACUAAAGUUUUAGAAGCAACAAAAGGACAAGUUCUUCCAAUGUGAUAGUAGCUUUAAUAAAUAACUUUGUACUUUUUUAAAGGCAAAAGCUAGAGGAGUAGUUGCAACUGCACGGAUUGCAAUCAAAGACAUUUUUGAGUGAAGCAUGCAUUAGAAUAAUAAAUAGCAGAAUAUAUAAAUAAUGAUAAAUUUCCAAAUCUUUUAACUGUAAAUAAGUAACAGAGAUCUCUAUUGAUUUGGUUUUAUGGAAAGGUUUUGAGUAUAAUUCAGUUAUUCAUCAUUGAGCCACAUAUUUGUUUUGAUAGAGAUGAAAAUUUAGUAUAUAUUUUAGUAAUCUAAUAUAAUCUGUGUUUUCAUCUGAUUAUAUAAAUAGUAUUAUUUUUUUACUUGCACAAUAUAAUAUAUAAUGCUGAUAAGUGACUUAAAAAGUACUCAAGAAGAAACUGUUAUGAAUCUGUAUUCAAUAAUUUAUAUGAUUACUUUAAUAAUACCAAUCUUAAUUAAUAAGCAAUUUAAGUUAUGUACUGUAUCAGAUAUUUUUGUACUAAAUAAACCAUUAAUAUAAAUGA